UCAUCCCCUCAAACUUAUCUCUAGCUAGCCGGUCAAAAAUGAAGUUUAUUGUAAUUCUCGCAUUUGUUUCAUUAUUAAUGUGCUCUGCUAAUGCAGAAGAGAAGAAGGAAACACUUGUGCUCUUAGAUAAUUUAGCAACACGUGAAACUCAUUCGAUUUUCUUCAAAAAUUUGCAAGAUCGCGAUUUCAAAUUAACUUUCAAACUUGCUGAUGAUGCUGGAUUAGUUCUUUCAAAAUAUGGCGAAUAUCUUUAUCAAAACUUGAUAGUUUUUGCACCAUCUGUAGAAGAAUUUGGAGGAUCAAUUUCAGUUGAAUCUAUUACUGAAUUUAUUGAUAAUGGUGGUAAUGUAUUAGUCGCUGGAUCAUCAACAUCUGGAGAUGCUAUUCGUGAGCUUGCAUCAGAAUGUGGAUUUGAAAUUGACGAAGAAAAUGCUGCGGUUAUCGACCACUUAAACUUUGAUGCACUUCUUGAUAAAGGCGAUCACACAACCAUUGUUGCCUCACCUAAAAAUCUAAUUGAUUCUGAGAUUAUUGUUGGAGGAAAGAAUAUCAAACCUCUAUUAUAUCGUGGAACUGGAAUAAUUGCUGACAGAGAAAAUCCUCUCAUUCUUCCCCUACUCACAGCUGAUUCAACCGCUUACAGCUACGUUCCUGAUUCACCAAUCAAAGAAUAUCCUCAUGCCGUUGGAAAAGGAACAAUUCUUAUUGCUGCACUUCAAGCUCGUAAUAAUGCAAGAAUUGUUUUCUCUGGUUCACUUUACUUCUUCUCUGAUGAGGCAAUCAUGAGUAUUGUGAAGAAAGUUAAUGACAACACUGUUCAUGAUCAAUCUGGCAACAUCAAUGUUAUCAACUCAAUUAGUCGAUGGGUGUUUGGAGAAAAUGGACAGAUUAGAGUCGCAUCAGUUAAACAUCACAAAGAAGGUGAAAAAGAACCACCAGCGAGUUACACAAUCCUAGAACCAGUCGUUUAUACCAUUGAGAUUGAACAACUUAUUGAUGGAAAAUGGAAACCUUUUGUUGCAAAUGAUGUUCAACUUGAGUUUGUUCGGAUUGAUCCAUUUGUGCGAGUUACUUUGAAAUCUAUUGGAGGAGGAAAAUAUCAGGCGAAGUUUAAAAUUCCUGAUGUUUAUGGGGUUUAUCAAUUUAAAGUUGAUUAUGACAGAGUUGGUUUAAAUCAUCUCUACAGCACAACUCAAGUUUCUGUUCGACCUCUUACACAUACUCAAUAUGAACGUUUCAUUCCAAGCGCUUAUCCGUACUAUGCAAGCGCAUUCUCAAUGAUGUUUGGCGUAUUCGUCUUUUCAUUUGUCUUCUUAUAUUUCAAAGAUAAGCCUGAGAAAGCAGAAGUUGAGAAGAAGACUAACUAAAAAGCUUCUUUUUAUCUUAUCAGAAGCUUUUGAUACUUUAGCAGUGCAGUGUUCAAAUUUUUUCUUGAAUAAAAAACAUCUAAUCAAAAAUGAAUA